AUGAAGCUUCACGCUCUUAUGCUUUUCCUUCUUGCCCCUCUUGCAGCUUCGGCUGCUCUCCCAGAGGUCAACAAUGGAGUAGUCGAUGACAACAAUGUUGCGACUCCCGCCAACGGAGCUGUUGAGGACUUUGCUACCCACGCUGACGUGACUACCCUCAAAGCUAAUGGGGAUGAUACUGCCACUCGUAUCUGCGAGAGUCUCGAUUCCUGCGGAUAUGGUGAGCUUUGCAUUGAUGGAAAAUGCGUCAUUGGAAUCUACCCCGAGCUUGCCACGCGUGAUGAGGGAACCAACCUCGGCACUGAGGGUGGACCGCGUCGCUGCAACAAUAUCAACCUCUGGUGCCCUCCUCAUCAGUUCUGCUACCGCAGCGUUUGCGUUAGCAUUGGUGCCCUCGGUGCCCGUGCUGAUGGAGCCCUCCAUGAAGAGACUCGUUGCCGCAUGAACAUGGAUUGCCCCCCCAGCCAGUCUUGUGUUGGCGGAGAAUGCCGUAGCAGAAUCCCUCCUGUGGCUUGA